AAUAGAUAAAUCUAUUGUAUAAAUAGCUCGAUGUAAAAUGCGGAAACUCGCAGUUUUAGAGCAUAAACAAAGGUUAUACCAAAUGCAGUCAUCUUUAGCUUGGAUUCCCUUGUUCACUCUGCUCCUUGGCCACCUGGUUUCAGCCAAGCUUCUGGAUGAAUCCUGUGGAAAUUCCAAGGAGCUGAGCAGGGCAGGAUUACAGGCAGCUGCUUGGAUGACAGCUGUCAGUAAUGCCACGCAUUUCCUGUGCGGUGGCACGCUGAUUCACGAACGCAUUGUUUUAACCGCUGCUCGGUGUAUUGAUCAACAGGUCAAUCUAUUUGUGGAAUUGGGGGCGUACAAUAUUCCCGAUGCUGACAGUAUGAACUCUAGAAUUCCGGUUUCCACAGCAGUUGUGCACCGCUUGUUCUCCAAAUUACCCAUCCAAAAUGAUAUUGGAUUGCUUAAGCUGUCGUACAGCGUAGUUUUUUCGGACGACAUUCACUCAACGUGCAUAAUUAUGGAUAAGAGAAUCAUGAGUUCCGUUCAGGCGAUUCAAACCUUCAAGGCCUUUGCCUGGGCCCCAAAAAAUCGAGGUUUGGAAAGCGAAAAUCUGCACGCGCUUAUCUUUCACAGGCUAAAUCAAAGCGAGUGUAAUAUUAAUCCCAGUUUGAAUCAAAUAUGUGCUGGUGCCUCAGAUGGAGAAACGAGUGGUCUCUAUUAUGGAAAUCCGUUGACUAAAAGUGUCACUAUUGCUGGAACUAUCAAACGCGAAGUUCAGAUCGGGAUAGCGAGUUCUAGAAACCCAGACCGCAAUGGACCUGUUGUAUUCACAGACAUUACAUCCCAUGUGGACUGGAUUGCGGCCAAUGUGGAGAGAUUGAGUUUGGAGAACUCAGUGCAAAAUGCAACAGAAGAAGCAGACAUUUCAACCGGAAACUCAAAUGCCGGAAGUCUUAGUAACCCGGACAUAUAAGUAUAUUGUAUAAGGAUUGUGGUGGCGAUACCACAACAUCGCUACAAAUGGGCUUUGUUAUUGGAAUCAAUUUCAACGCGAAUGGAGUUUUUAUCACUGAAAAUUUUUUUCUUACAAUUGCCAGAGGCUUGCCACAAAAAGUAUAUGUUCUACUGUUGGAAACAAAUAAAACUAUCAGCAAUCGUCUUCCUGUCGAUUCGAUCAUUAGACAUGACAACUCAGGAUAUCAUAAACAUGAUAUAGCACUGCUCAAACUUAAGCAGCCAGUCACCUUAGGUAACUAUUUCUCAGAAGGUAUCAAGCCAAUCUGCAUGCUUCAGAUGCUAAGGCAUCAACUGGAGGUUGAAUCUAGUGCGUCUUUAACCAGAUUGGUACCAGAACUAAGUGAAAAUCGCUUAUUCAUUACUGAGCACACUGUUGAGCUAAUUAGUCACGAAGAAUGUGCAAAGCAAAUUAAUGCAGAAAUCGAACAGAAUCAAGUUUGUGUCGCUGAUUCUACCGGAAAUACUAAGCCAAAUUAUUUGACAGGCGAGGUGUUGGGUAAAAUUCUGAUGUAUUCGGCAAAGAAAUGGGUUGCUCUGUUUGGCAUUCUUAGUUAUUCCACUUCAAAUGUUCAUGUUUAUACAAAUGUUAUGAGUUAUACGAAUUGGAUAGAGCAAACUGUGAAAUCUUAUUCAUAACUGGCAUUACCAUUAAAAAUGUUAAAAAUGUAAAAUGUAAAAAGCUGACUUGCUUUGCUUAGAUUUUAUUUGCAAAAUGAUAACUAUUUUAUUUGUACUACUUUACUUGGC